AGUAAAUUUAACAGUGUUGAUUUUCCAGUGUUACUAUAAAGUGUUAAAAUAAAGUGUUGGAUCAACACUGAACAGAAUGGGUCUAACACCAGAAGUGUCAGGUUUCAAAUAAGAGUUGGUGUUACUUUACAUAGUUGCAGACGUCAACUCUCAUUCAGAGUUAAUCAGGCCACACCUCCAUUAACGUGCAGACAGACGUCAAUUUUCAUCGAAACAGACCACAUGCGGACGCCAUUUUACUUCGCUGGAAGCGUGGUGCCAGGAGUUCAGGUGCUUAAUCACAAUGAUUGUCAAAGCACAAUUUCGGAAUAGGAAGAAAUUCAUAAAAAUCUCAGAGGCGUGCUUUGAUUUAUUUCUAGCAGAGGUGAAAGAGAAGUUCUCAAUUCCAGACGACCUUGCUGUUACAGUUACAGAUGAAACUGGUACAGAGGUGGAUAAAGAUGUGUUUCCUGAUCUAAUGUCCACCAGUGGGUUGGUUUUAGUCAUAAAUGAGUUGACUGACAUGGGAUCUUCCACACCUCAGUCUUCAGUAAGCUUGGAUACAGAUACACUGUCUCUAACUUCAAAAAGCAGUGAAGAGAGUGACUGGUUUAGUCCAAAACGAUUCAGAAAGGAUGAAGAUGAUGAUGUGGCAUCACAACGAGCACAGGCCAGAGAUCUGAUAAAACAAAUUCUACAGACAAGACCAGGUGGAGGAAAUGUGCUUAAGGAGUAUGAAGAUACAGGCACAAUUAGUGAUGACACAAGGAAAGUGAUGGUGAACAUCUUAGUUGCACACAUGAUGGAGACAGAAGGAAGGGUCCCACAUCGACUUACCAAACAGAAGUAUGGAUUGGGAAUUAUCACCUUAUUUCCCUCACUCAGAGAUCCCCAAGGAAGGACUGGAUAUGAACAUUUCUAUGAUGGCCAAAAAAACACUGGAUUCUUGUCAUGGCGCCUCAAGACAGUACAAAGGGGGACAAGACCUUCUGGAAAUAAGGAAGAUCCAAAAACAGAAGAAAAGGGAGGUCCUUUGCUUGACAGACAGCUAUGUUACCAAGAACAUCAGCUAGAUAAUGAUCAAAGUGUAGAGGCCAUCUCUUUGAUGAAUCAUACAAGUGAACGUGAGGUCAUCAUGCAGAAGAUGAAGGCAACGUUUGAAUACAGACAGCGCCUUGUCCAUGAUCCAGAGGGAUCCACCACCAUUCUCUCUGUUUUUCCUCGGUUCCUGGACACUAAAGGAUUGAUUCUUCAGGACUUCACACUCCUCUUUGGGUCAGAAACUGCUUCCAGACUUUUGGAAAGGUGGCCGACAGUUUUCAAAGCAAAGGUUAUCAGACUAGGAGAAACCUUGACUCCCACUCCACUGCUGAAACGAUUACUGUCAUCUGCCAAACAGAGCAAAGAAAGCAGCGAGGCACAGGAUUCCCCAGAGUGGGACAGUGAUAUAUCAUCCUUCCUUCUACUUUUGCAUCUCCUAUCACCCCAGGCUUCAGGAAGAAAGAAAAUCCAAAGGAUCAGUAUUUCACAGGCUAUUGACCAUCUGGUGGUGUUUCACAAAGCAUGCAGGAGCAUACAGGAACACCUUGAGCUGGAAGAGAAUCGUCAGCCAUACAUUCUUGCCUCAGGGAGCAGCAAGGAAGCCAUCAGUCACUACUUCAUUGUGGUGGAUAAAAAGCUCAUCCCCUGUCAAGAAUCCUCUUCACUGGCUGCCAUUGAUGAACUCUUCAAGGUUCAUUUUGUUUUCAGUCUCAGUUAUGAUCCUCCACUCAAAAAUUUGUACACUUUUCUCCAGACUACAGUGUACAAAAUUGAUGUUGGCACCACAAGUGAGAGCCCGAGAGUAAAGGAGCUUAGAGCUAAGUUUUUGAAUGAUGUUUAGAUGCUAUGUCUGUAAAUCACUGUUUGCUACAAUAGCUAAAUUAAUUCGACACCUAAAACUUGUACAUGGUUUAUAUCCUGGUAAGAAAUUUGGUCUGGUUUGUGAUCAGGAUGGUUGUUCCUUGCAAUUUAAAAGUUAUGAAGGGUUUAGAAAACAUUUAACUAGAUUUCAUUUGAGGGCUGUAGCAUCAAGCAGUGAAACUGUAUCUUUACAAAAUCAGCAAGCUCCAGAUCUCAAUGAAGCAGUAUCACUUGUUGUGUCUGACACAGAGCAAAGAUUACAUGAUGCGAGUUUGCAUGAAUGUUCUUCUGAUUCAAGGGAUAGUUCGAGGGAAAGGUGUGCAUCAAUAAUAGCCAAAUUACAGGGCAAUGGUGUUGCAAACAGUGUAAUCAUGUCAGUUGUUGAAAGCAUGGAGGAUUUUGUUAAUGAUUUCCAUACAAGUUUAAGGGAAAAUGUUUUAAAUGUUGUGCCUGUUGACAGCACAAGUAGAAGUUCAGUUGAAGAAGUUUUUAAUGGUUUUAAUAAUCCAUUCUCUGAUUUUAAUACAGAUACAAAAUGGAGAAAAUAUUUCAGUGAGAAAUGGGGGGUUGUUGAACCUAUUGAAAUACACUUAGGUGUCAGAUACGAUUCAAGAAGAAAUAAAAUCUCUGGGAUGUAUGAACAGACAACAGUUAAUGACACUUUCAUAUAUAUCCCUCUUCUGAAGACUCUUGAGUUCAUUUUUAGGAAUGAUAAAGUGUGUAAUCUUAUCCAAGAGGAACGGCAAAGUGACAUGUAUUGCGAUUUUUGUGAUGGACAGUAUUACAAAAAACAUCCUUUGUACUCCAUCCACAGCAAUGCACUUCAGAUCCAAAUUUACUAUGACGAUUUUGAAACCGCGAACCCAUUAGGAUCUAAAGCAGGAGUUCAUAAACUUGGCUGUUUAUAUUUUGUACUUCGUAACCUGCCAGCACACAUUAACUCUUCCUUAAUGAACAUACAUCUAAUUUCUUUGUUCCAUUCUGAAGAUGGAAAAAAGUAUGGCAUGGACAAAAUACUUGGCCCAUUGGUUGAUGAUGUGAAAGUACUUGAGAAGAAGGGAUUGAUGGUGUCAUUUUCUGAGGAGCCCAUCUUUGGUACUAUUUCGCAAAUUACCGGUGAUAACCUAGGUCUAAAUAGUAUUCUUGGUUAUGUUGAAUCUUUUUCUGCAAAACAUUACUGCAGACUCUGUCUCACUGACAAGGUGUUAGCACAGGAAGUAUUUAGUGAGGAUGAUCCACGGAUGAUAUUGCGUAAUAGAAAUCUAAAUGAGGAGCAUUACAAGUAUCUUGCUGACAACCCCAAUGAAAACUCAUGUUAUGGUGUUAAAAGAAAUUCUAUACUCAAUACCUUGACUUACUUUAAUGUAUCUGAGAACUUUGUGCUGGAUAUUAUGCAUGAUAUCCUGGAGGGAGUUGCACAGUAUGAAGUGAAACUGCUUUUUGAAUAUAUGAGUUGCAAUCUAAUUUCUGGUGAUUCCAUUCCUCAAAGAUUGUAUGCCUUCAACUAUGGCUUUUUAGAAAGAAAUAACCGCCCAACCAAGGUCAACCUUCAACAAGCAGGAAACAACAUUGGUCUCAAUGCAAGUCAGACAUGGUGUCUCAUUAAGAACAUCCCUCUCAUAUUUGGAGAUGUAGUCCCAGUGGGAGAUAAGCACUGGCAUUUGAUGUUGCUGCUCUUACAUAUUGUUAAUAUUAUCUUUUCUCCUUGCAUCUCUGAAGGAAUGAUAAUAUUUUUGAAGCAUCUGAUAAAAGAGCAUCAUCAGUUGUUUAAGGAUUUGUAUCCUAGGAAUCUAAUUCCAAAACACCACCUUAUGAUUCACUACCCUGAAUGCAUCAGACAAAUUGGCCCAUUGAUUCAUGUAUGGACCAUGAGGUAUGAGGCAAAACACAGGUUUUUUAAGAAAAAUCUAAAAAAUUUCAAAAACCUGACCAAAUCGCUUGCAAAAAAACACCAGCUAGCCAUUGCCUAUCACUGGGAGUCAUGUACUAUCAGGGGUAUUGAGUCUGGGCCUGUUUCAAAUGAGCUGUUGUCUGACCUUGAAAACUCAGAUUUUAUUUCAGAGCAACUCCAGAUUGAUAUCUCUAGCGAGGUAAUGGUCACACCGUGGGUAAAGUGUCAAGGUACUGAGUAUCGCAGUGGUCUUGUUGUUUUCUUAGAGUGUGUUGAUGAUGCACCUGUUUUUGGAAAGAUUGUUAAAAUUUUUAUUAAGGAUGGAAUUUAUUUUUUGGUAUCGUGUAUGGAAUCAGAGUUUAUUGAACACCUUCAUGCUUUCAGUGUUGUUGAACAAGAGCAUUGUCUUGUACUCAAAAAACCUGAGGAAUUGAUGUACUACAAGCCAUUUGAUUUACAAAUGUCCUAUGGCAAUGACCAUCUUUUUUACAUUGUCGUGGACUGUUAUUUGUAAUAAUUUCAUGGCAUUUAUGGUUUCUUGCUCUGUGCUGAAAUAAAGUUUUGAAACCUUGACA